AUGCCGCCGCCACGGAGAGCAGCGCGCCACCGGUCCGCCACCGCCGCAGCGGAGCCCCCACGCGCCGUGCGAGGCAACGACAACGACGGGCUGCUGCUGAGCGACGAGGCCCUCCUCCUCGUCUUCUCGUCCCUCUCGUUCACGACCGCCGACCUCGUCCGCUGCGCCGCCACCUGCCGGCGCUGGCGCCGCCUCGUGUCCGCCGACGCCGCCUUCAUCUGCCCCCGCGCGACCCCGCGCUCGGACCCCUGCAUCGGGAGCCUCGCGCUCGGCUUCUUCCACUCGCACAUGACCGACGGCGGCGUCGCGCAGCCGCGGUUCGUGCCCCUGUCCGCCGCCGCCUCGCGUCUCCAGCCCUCGUUCGCCGCGCUCGUGGACAGCGGCGCAUCCCGCGUGGUGGCGUCCCGGAACGGCCGCCUCGUGCUGGACCUUCGCCGCCGCGCGAACACGAGGGUCACACACGCCGUCAGGCUGGGCGUGUGCAACCCGGUGACCGGCGGCGGCGUCGUCGACGUCCUCCCGCAGCUGCGCGGCAAGGACAGCCCCACCGGGCCCUACUCGUGCACGGUGAUCACCGCGGCCGACGAACGCGGCGGCGGCGACCGGCGUAUGAUGACGCGGUACUCCUACCGCGUGCUCCUACGGCGCUCCGGUGCUACUCCUCGGACGCGGGAACCUGGGGGCCGGAAGCGGUGGUGGCCGACGCCAGGAUCGGCAGGACCCAGCUCGCCGUCGGACCGCACGCCGCCGUCGUGCACCGCGGGGUCCUGUUCUGGCCUCGCCUCGCGGUGGCUCUGCGGCUCGACUCUUUGCUGCAGCCGGCGCCUGCCGUUGCCGUGUCCGCGGCAAAGAACAACGGCGAGACGCCGCCGCGGUACACCGUGGCGGGCUUCACCGCUGCGCGGCAGCGCCACUCGAGCGCGGCACACCGGUUGCUGGGAGUUAUGCCUGGCGGUGGAUUGCUCCGAGUGGAAGCUGACAGGGAGACGAUACGGGCCUACUCAAAUCUACAGACGACCGAUGUUUUGA